AUGAAUGUGGAAAGGGAAAAUCAAGUGGCUAUUGAACGAUUUGUUCAAUACAUUCAAAUUAAAACUGUACAACCGAAACCGGAUUAUCAGAGUGCGUUUGAGUUUCUCAAAAACUACGCUGAAGAACUCGAUCUUGAAUACACACUCGUUACGACGGGUGAGGAUCGUCAGGCAGCUGUGUUGACCUGGUCAUCGUCAUCAGAUGCCGAAUCAAUUCUACUGCUUUCGCAUAUUGAUGUUGUUCCAGUUUUUGAAGAAUGCUGGUCUGUGUCACCAUUUUCGGGUGAGAUUCGAGAUGGAAAAAUCUAUGGACGAGGUACACAAGAUAUGAAAUGUGUUGGCAUUCAAUAUUUAGAAGCGAUUCGACGUUUGAAACGAGUUCAGUAUGAACCAAAACGAACCAUCCAUUGUCUAUUUGUUCCUGAUGAAGAAAUUGGUGGUGCAGAAGGUAUGAAAAAGUUUGUACAACUCGAUCAAUUCAAGGCGAUGAAUGUUGGAUUUGCUCUAGAUGAAGGUUUAGCUAAUGAGACUGAUGUAUAUCAAGUCUACUAUGGCAAUCGAGGUGCACUUGGUGUAGAUUUUGUUUUAAAAGGUAACACCGGCCAUGGAUCACGUCUAAUUCAAAAUACAGCUGGUGAAAAAGCUCAAUUUGUUAUCAAUGAAAUGCUAGACUAUCGUACUCGAGAGCAACAACGAUUCGAACAGAGCCAAACAAGUGAUCAUCCACUUCAAUUAGGCAAUAUCACCACAGUUAAUUUAACGAAAAUGUCUGGUGGCGUUCAAGUUAACGUUGUACCUGAUCAAUAUAGACUAUUUUUCGAUUGUCGGAUCAGACCUGGCGGUGAAGGUGAAUUCGAAGAAUUUUUAAUUGAUCUAAUACGACGAAUACGAAAAGAAAACGACCAGGAAGUUCAAGUUGAAUAUCUAACUACCAGAGCAAUUAAUCGAGUAACCGAUAUCAAUCAGCCAUAG